CGACAGCCUCGGUUCUUUCCUAGUGGUUCGUCGGCAAGGCAAAGCCGGUGAAGAUAUUCUCGUCGGCUCCGCCGUUGAUUUAUAUAUUCUUCCAAACAGCAUAGAAAGGUGCAUGGUAUAUUCUGACAGUUACAAUGGACUCCUCAAGCCUCUUUGACGUUAAGGGCAAAGUCGUCCUCGUUACUGGCGGUGCGAAAGGCAUUGGCCGUAUGAUAUCCGAGGGAUUUGUCACUAACGGCGCUACUGUCUACAUCACCGGUCGCGACGCUGCAGCCUGCGACAAUGCCGUUAAAGAGCUGAAUGCUCUAGGGAAGGGGAAAGCCGUUAGCAUACCUGCAAAUUUAUACAAGGAGGAUGACUGCAAAAAGCUCCGGGACGACUUUGCGAAGAGAGAAAACAAAUUGCACUGCUUGGUAAAUAAUGCGGGUUCCAAUUGGGGUGCGCCUUACGACGAAUACCCGUCCUCUGCGUGGACUAGAGUCUUGACCCUGAAUUUACAGCGCGUGUUCGAAGUCACGCAGUUAUUCACUCCGCUACUCGAAAAGGCCGCAAGUGCAGGCGACCCCGCAAGAAUCAUUAACAUUGGAAGUAUAGAUGGGCUGAGAGUCCCAUCUCUCGAGACAUUCGCAUAUAGCGCGAGCAAGGCUGGCCUACAUCAUCUUAGCCGUGUUCUAGCAAACCACCUUGGAAAGCGAAAUAUAACCUCUAACACGCUGGCCUGCGGGCCUUUCGAAAGUAAAAUGAUGGCCGCGACGCUGAAGAAAUAUAAGGACGUGAUAGAAUCCGGCAUUCCACUGCGCCGCAUUGGAAGUCCAGAAGAUGUUGCUGGUGCUUGUCUUUUCCUCAGUAGUAGAGCUGGGUCAUAUGUUAAUGGUGCAACCAUUACGCUUGAUGGAGGCAGUGUCAUCUCUGCUAAAUUGUAGAUCAUUCGAAUGUAAGAAACGAUAGAAGCGAUCGGUCGUCUUUUUUGGGGUUUUUUCCAUCUAGUAUAAUGUAUGUUUUAUUACAAAUGACUCUUAUUAAACACUGUUCUCUCUCCCUACGCAGCCCCAAAAUUGUACGUUUACCUGAUAUUACUUGAUAUUGGUGAGGGGCUUUAUAACAUUCUGUAGUCACUGAUAUGUCACCGUUGUGAAGUAGUUGGGCUCUGGCGACAGGCAAGGAUGCGCCUUUAUGACAUUGACUUGCAUAUCUUGCGCGGCGGAUACUUAGUUCAUCGUAAUUGUAUCAAAAUAUUUUGCUUGAUCCACAAUGUACACAGUACAAGAAGUUGCUUUGUAGGAAUACUACUAGUCGGGACAAAGAACCGCUCGCCACCUAUUUAGUGGACCUACAGGA